AUGGACACCGAGACUGGCGACACUCCGACAGCGUCGACGAGCCGUUAUGCGGACCCAGCCUUGGCUGGCGAGGCGAGUGGUGCGGCGGGCCCGUCCCGCCAGCCACCUACGGCAAAUCGGCGAACGAAGAGUGGCGCCAAGAAGACACGUUGGCGCGUCCUGACGACAAGCGACGGCUUACUGUCGUUGACGGUAGCGCGUGUUUUGGACGUGGGAGGGCCGCAAACACCCUCACCCACCUCCACCAAGACCACAGAAGCCGCCGCCAGACGACCUGAGGACGACUCCAGCAACGGCGCCCCGAUGGUCCACAAAAAUGGGGGCGCAACAGCUGCGACGGAGGCCGACAAACAACUCCAAUUUCUGAUGGGGCUCAUCCCUGGAGCUCAGAAAUCGGGAAACCAGGCAGAAAACCCGACUCUGAAGCGCUCCAGCCGGAAGCGUCGUGCUGAUACACUGCACGAUGCGUCCGCAAAGCGCCCGGCCGCCGGCACCUCCAGCAGCGCACCGGAAAUGCGCACUAAGCAGAAGACGUCACGGAAGGGGACCAGGACCCCGCCCGAGACGGAUGAAGACGGGUUUACAAAGCCCACAAGGAAGCACACGGCCAGGGCGGUCGUGCUAGCAGCGGCUGCAGACGGACUGAACACUGCCAACCGAUACAGCGGCCUCCCUGACGCAGCAGCGGAGGCGACCGACGCUGAGCAGCAGAAGAGGGCGCCCCCUCCCCCGCCGGUUGUCAUCCGAUGGGAGGACGCCUUCAAAGAAUUCGAAACGAUGAUCAAGCAGGUGGUGAAGGGCAGCUUCACAACGCGGACGGCAGGCCGCGACCUGUACCGCGUCAUCACGCGCACUGCGGACGACUAUCGUGGUGUAAUGGAACUGACGAGGCCGGGCAAAAGUUUCGCGGCGGCUGCCGCUGCAUCUGCGGCACCAAUGACGAGACCGGCCCAGAGACCACCCGCCCACCCCGCGGACGUCCAUGGGAGCGGACGGCGAAGAGAGCAGCCAGAGCUGACCGGCGCACCGCCAGCUGCAGAGUCCAUGCCAGCCAGGGCAGAAAACCGGCGUGGUAGACGCGGAGGGCGGCCAAACAACGCCCCCACCGCUUCGACGCCCGCCGAGCAAGUCCUGCCUCCACCGACGCAGACGACAGAGGCGCCAGCUGCGCCCAGCGAAGCUGUAGAGCUGCGUGAAAUGCUGCGUGAAUUCAAGCAUCUCAUACUGCAGCUUCCGCAGAUGAUUGUAUCUGCCCUGACUACGGCCAGCCAGGCCGCCACCACACGUGCAGCCCCCGCCCCACAUCAUGGCUAA